AAUGGAGGGAUAUUAUGGGGGAGUUAAACCUAGAGAAUCUUUUGAUCCAUUAUCUUUCAUUAAAAAGCCACAAGUUAUAUUAAGACUACUAUGCUGGAUUUUUGCUGUUGUUGUUUUUGGAUGUAUUUCUGACGAAGGUUGGCUGAAUGACAAGUGUAUUUUCAACGGCGACAACCAUGCAUGCAACUAUGGAAUAGGCAUAGGUGUAAUUGCAUUUUUAGCUAGUAUUGUUUUUUUAGUGGUUGAAGCAAGGUUUGAAAUUAUCUCAAGCAUCAAACUUCGUAAGCAACUGGUCCUUUGCGAUUUGGUAUUUUCAGGUUUUUGGUCCUUCUUAUAUUUUAUUGGAUUUUGCUAUUUGUGUGAUGCGUGGCAUAAAUCAGACAACCCCAUAGGAGGUUUUGGAGUUGGAAAUGCCAAGGCAGCCAUUGCUUUCAGCUUUUUUUCUAUCAUUUCAUGGGCUGGAUGUGCAUUUCUUGCCUUUCGACGUUGCUAUUGGAACGCAGAUACAUCAUUUGGUACUGGGUAUGAUUCUGAUCCUAAUGCAGAAGCAGUAAGAGGCCCAUAUAAUAGUUACCCAGAUGGUCCAGACAUGAAUGAAGCAUAUGAAGAGCCACCUUUCUCACAACUUCCUCAAGAAAGUAAAGUAAAUGUAGGAGGUCCGACCUUCCAAGCUUCUUCUUACUAAGAAAAUGGACCAUUUUAGUCUGUAAUUAUAACCUAGACUGUGCAGGAACAAGAUAUCCAAACCUACUUCUCUUUGCUGUUAACCGAGGAUCCUUCGAUAUGUGAGAGCAUUCCCAAUAUUUGUGUAUUUGUAUGAGUGUGCUCUCGGUAUUUGAACUUGUUAACCCUUGUUCAUUUUUAAACUUAAAAACUAUCACAUUCACAGUAUAUGUACAUCUAUGGGGUACUUGCAAUAAAGUACUUACGGAUCAGUAAAGCUGAUAGCUUAUCUGUAUCUGAAUCAUGUAAAAUACGUUUAAUUAUUAGAUUUUAGAAAUCAACAUGUUUUAGAAUUAUUAAGAGUUACUAAACUGUUGAAGUUAUUUUGCUUCUAGUAAAACAUGUUAUAAUAUAUAUUAAUUGUUUAUGGGACCAUAGACUUGGAUUAAUUAAUUUUUUUUUAAAUCAGAAACUUGUAUUUUAUUGUACAUGGGUAUCAUAAUAAUUUUGAUUCAUGUACAUGAUUGUGGAAUACACUUUAUCAAUAUUGUGAAUGAUUAGACAAAUGACGUUUCUUUCGCAUAAAAGUCUAGCUCAAAUUAUGUGCCAUGAUACAAAAAAUAUUGAGUUGUGUUAAAAUGGAAGCAAUUGUUAGAAUAUAUUGCAUGACAAAAGGAUGCAAGCAUGUAUUUAUGACACUUAUAUCAGUUUGUAUUUGUUGGUGUACUAAUAAGAAUAAAUAUGGGUACACUGUAAUCUUGUCCCAAACUGUUGAAGUCCAGAAACAUCGUUAAGUAUGAUUAACCUUGGCCCAUAUUGUUCCUGUCUAAAAAGACGAUUGAUUAGAAAUUAAAUGUUGUCAGCAAUUUUUUCUAAACUUCCAAGUAUGCUAUAUAUACUUUUUAUAUACUACAUGUAAUAUUGUGCCAAGAGUGUGGGAUUGUGGGAGUCUCAGGUUUUUUAAGUGGUUCUGUUUAAAACAGUACUUUGCUGUUUCGGUGACUCAUCUGCCAUUUUGACCUGUCACAUGCAACUAUCCAUGGUUAGUAGUAAGUAGUAAACAUGAUUACUUUCAUUUCACUUUUAAACAUUCAAAGGGUCACUAGCAUAGAAUUUUGUUAGAUCCAAAAUGUUGUUUAUGGCUUGUUAUCGUAAAUCUAUGCAUAAAAGAAAGCAUGUUUGUAGUAUGAUUUACGUUACUUACGAGUAAUAAAAUAUAC